AUGGGGCCGUUCAUCCAUCAGAGGCGGCAGGAGAGACAGAACAAGAAAACCCCGAAGGAAGCCCGGGAUGCCAUCGACUGGUUUUACGAGGUCGUACAGGACGAGCCUUUUGACACGGUUACCUUCCAGUUGACUCUAGCUGUGGUCACCAUCCAUUCGACGUCGGACAUGCUCGUGCAAGAGUUGCACGAUAUUUGUUCCCAUCCGCAGCUGACUGACGAAUUGCGUCAAGAAGUUGUGACCGUCUUCAGUGCCGAGGGAUUCAAGAGGUCGUCCAUUAACAGCCUCAAGCUUAUGGACAGCGUUUUCAAGGAGAGCCAGCGGGUGAAACCACUUGCAUUGGUUGCCGUUCAACGCGUCGCCACAGAAGACAUCAAAUUGUCUGACGGAUUGCUGAUUCCAAAAGACCACACUAUCGUCACCCCCGGUUAUGGAAUGUGGGACUCCAACGUUUAUCCAAACGCCGACACGUUCGACGGCCAUCGGUUCCUGAGAAUUCGGGAACAACCUGAACACGAGCAUGGUGCCCAGCUGGUGACCACGGGCCCGAACCACCUCGGAUCUGGACACGGGAAGCGCGCGUGCCCAGGACGCUUCUUUGCGGCGAUGGAGGCCAAGAUUGCGCUCGCUCACUUACUGCUGAACUUUGACCUGAAGUUGGCGCCAGGCACUGAUCCCAAGGUGCUCGAUGUCGGCUUCGCUCUUAUGCCUGACCCAACCGCAAAAGUCAUGAUCAGAAGGCGUCAGGAGGGAGCCCCUCUCGACUUGUUCAGAGUCCCCCUUGAGAAGAAGAAAUAA